AACGGCGCAUGCAUGAUUCCAAGUGUACAUCAUUUACAUGAAUUCCAUACUCUUGAUGAUUCAUAUCAAGAGUUCAUAAACUCUUGUUCAUAUCCGGUAUCCGUGUCCUGUGCCAUGAUUCAGUACAGUCAGACCUCGCUUAUCCGGUCCUCGUUUAUCCGGAUCGGGUGUCUAAUAAAAUUUAAUAAUAAUGUGUUCACUGACAUGAUGAGGAGAAAUGGCUCCAAACCUCCUCGACAAGCUACCUGAUGAGCUAAAUUCUCAAGCACUGCUUGAACAAGUACUCAAGCUACGGCAGGAACUGGAUGCAGUUAGCAAGAAAUUGUCAGAUUUGGUUUUAGAAAAUCAUGCAUCAUAUGUUGAGGAGCUCCAAAGGGUCACUGACAUUCAGAAUGCUCUGCAGAUGGCCACCAUGGUGUGUCUUAAUGGCAGGAGGCAGCUCGCCCAGUCCAAGAAGGAUGUAACCAAAGGUGGUCUUGGAGUGUUGUCGAAUCAUCGCAAACGAUUGAAAAUCCAACAAAUCAUGCGCACCUUACGGACCAUCAAGACCCUCCAAAGAACUGAUAUUCGUACUCAGGAAAUGUUGGAACAGGAAGACUAUCCUGCAGCAAUUCAGCUGUGCUUGGAAUGUCAGCAAGCUGUCAAAAGCUACAAGAAGUACCACUGUGUCAGUGAGCUGGGCUCGAAGCUGCAGGAUACCAAGUCGAGUGAAGAUCAACUGGACCGUGUCUUGGCGCAAUCCUGCACUGCAUUCGAUGUGCAUCGCUAUGAUCGUGUUCAGACGGCAUACCGGCUUCUCAGCAAGUCGCAGAUGGCCAUGGAUCAGUUGCUGAUGCACUACACGCAGACCCUGCACAACCGUUCAUUUUCCAUUGUACUUCAGUUUGCUGAGCGGUGCCGACACGAUGCAAAGAGCGGCCCAUUGAACCGCCUGCCGUACAAGGAUCUGUGCUCGAAGAUGGACAGCAAGUACUUUGUGCCAUGCCUGAUUGACCUGCGCAAGAGUCUGUGGGAAGUUCUGCAUUGCUACCAUCGCACAGUGAAAUGGCAUGAGCGACAGGACAAGAUGAUGGAUGAAGACGAAGCACUGCGCAACGAUGCUGAGCUGCAGUACAAUCGCUCCGAUAUCAAUGAGAAGCUAGAGCAUGGCAAGACGAAGAUCUGGCAGGACGUGAAACAGCGCGUGAAGCCUUAUCUGCUGGGAACGGAUCUGUCUAGCUUCCAGUUUGACAACUUCAUCGCGGUGCUGAACGUGACAAAUCGCCUGAUAUCUGUCGGUGAGGAGGUGUGCGGCGACAAGUCUGCUGACCUUCAAGAUAGCGUGCGCUUGCAAAGCUUGAACUACUUCAAGUCGUUUCAUAGCGUUCGCAUGGAUGAGCUGCGUAUGUUCCUGGAGAAUGAGAUGUGGGAUGCGUGGCCCAUGCGUGCCUCCUUCACCAUCUAUUCUUUGAAGGAGUUUAGCUUUCUGCGCUCUAGCUCCACGCUGAGUCCGACAAGCAAAAUCCGGAACCUGACCGACGGGUUUUUCAUGCGAUGUUCCCAACAUGGCAAUCCGUUUGAUGAUACGGACGAGGAAGAUGUUGCAGAAGAGCCUCUGGUAGUGGCUGAUGAGAAUUCGCCCAGGGCCACUCGGCGUCUAGCAAGUGAUGACGAGCCCGAGGAGUUGAAACGUGACUUUGUGGACGAGGGUGAUCACCACGCGCCAACGAAGAAAAGCAAGCGUCCCCAACCUGGCCAUUGCAAAAUUGAGGAGGCUAUGGAAGGACCCAUCUGUACCAACACAACGCUAGGUGUGAUGCGCCUAUUUGGCAAGUACAUGUGCAUGAUGGAUGUGCUGAAGCCGAUCGCAUACGACGUGAUGAUUUUCUUGUCCCAGCUGUUUGACUACUACAUGUAUGCUGUGCAUUCUUUCUUCGCCAGAGAUGUGGCUGUGGCUGACAGCGGGCCUCUUAGCCUGAGCAGCAAGAUGAAAACCACACUGAAGCGCAUUGAGAACAACCUGAUCCUUCACAUGGAUUCAGCAGGUGUUCCUCCGAGCAGUGUGACAGAUGAGAUUCGAGUGCAAGCGCCGGCUCUGUCCACUAUGAUUCCCCUGGAUCAGCUCUCCUCGCUGUAUGGCCUAACUCGCCGAAUGACGGCCGUCGAAUCGCUAGUGUUCCUGGCAUCGCAGUUCGAAAGUCUUUUGCCUCACCUGGAAGUAUUUGUACCGCAGUCGAAACGUGCAUUCCUCUCGCAGUUUCACUCCCAGACGGUGAGCAUUGUCCCUGAGCUGCGACAACCCGUCUAUUGUGGUGUGGCUGACAAGAUGCUGGAUACGGGCCGCUUGCUGCAGCAAAUGUUGUCAGUCAAGUGGGACAUCAGGGAUAUUAUGUCUCAGCACAGCCACUACAUCGACUACAUCUUGGCAGAGUGUCAGGUGUUGAAGCGGCGUGUCGACGAGUGGAACAGCAUCACACCAAUGCCCAAGGUAGUUCUGAACGUAGUGUGGGCACACAUCCUACACACCAUUAAUCACACCUUCGUCGAGGGCUUUGCCAGCGCCAAGAAGUGCAGCAAUGAAGGCCGAGCGCUGAUGCAGCUCGACUUCCAGCAGUUCAUCAUCCAGAUUGAGAAGCUGCUGACACUUCGGCCAAUUCCUGAGCGCGAGUUUGUGGAUACGUACAUCAAGGCUUUCUACAUGUCCGAGGCGGAUAUUGAGCCUUGGCUGCGUGAUCAUCGCAUGUACUCCACCAAGCAGUUGACGAGCUUGGUGCAAUGUGGUGUUGGUGCACACAUCAACAAGAAAGCGAAGAAUCGCCUGAUCAACCUGAUCGAAGACAUGGAGAAAACCAGGCGUCCAAUGUAGGUUGCUGAACAGAAGAGCUUUUAGCCAUGCCAUUGCUCUUCUUCUCUUUUCGUUUUUUCUGGUUCCGAGUUUCACUCCUCAAGCGUGUUGAGAGAUUCAAAGCCAUUAUCUUUGCCGGGUACGUUUUGUUUUAUAGGGUUUACCGAGUGUUAGCGGCCGUCGUGAGUUCCCUUCGGGAACAGACACGAUAAUUUAUUUAUUUAUUUUAUUUGUUUUGUUUUUAUUCACUUAUUUUGCACUUCAACGUAGUAACCAAAUUCUUAUGUUAACGCUCAUGAAACUUCACCCUCCACCUGUCACCACCAUGCCGAAAUAUGGCCGAAAGCGGUCGCAGUGUUUUAUUGUGAACACAAGACACUCAUGAAAUUUAAUUAGUUGACCUUGUUUUAUUUCGGUGGACGAGCUUUGCAUCGAUUUUGGCACCUUUUUGUUUUGUAUAUUUUACUCUAUUUUUUGUCGACUGUCUAUUUUUCUUGUUCUUGUAAAAUGUUCUGGCUGACUGAGGCAAUGCU